AUGUAUGUGUGUGGGGGGCACAACUACGUAGUUGAUAAGAAAAUAAAAAAAAAAAAAAAAAAAAGCCACCUAAGAAAUGGCUGGCUGGACAAACACACCUUCAUCACCUAACUGUUUAUUUAGGAUAUAUUAGACAUAAUUUGCCCUAACAUAUCUAUGGACUUGCCUUAAUACUCGCCUCAUUAUCUCUUUUCUCUUCUCUUCUCCGAUCCAUCUAUCUUUUCUUGAUUAAUUUUCUCUCAUUUUCCAUCUCCACCACCACCACCGCCACCAACCACCACCAUCAUCACCAUCUUCAUCUUCUUCUCCACAUACCCUUUUAUUUUCUUUGUCUGAAUCGCUCUACCAUUUUCCUACCAGGAAUUAUUAGUACUUAUUAAUCUCUAUACAAGCCCCUGCGACGUUCCCUAAUGGCAUCGCAGGACAAGGGUAGACCGUUGCCAAAGUUUGGAGAAUGGGAUGUGAAUAAUCCUGCCUCGGCUGAAGGAUUCACUGUCAUAUUUAGCAAAGCUAGAGAUGAAAAGAAAUCAAAUAAUAAUGGGACUACCUCUUCUACUACUCAAAAAAAUGAUCAAAAACCACCUCCAGGAGCAGAAACUUAUGAUUAUCCCCCAACGAAGAAAUGGUUUUGUUGUUUCUGAUCAACCAAAACAAUGAGAAAGGUGUAAUACAAUCCCAUUGAGAGAGCAGGAUUCAAUGAAUGAAUGAAUGAACGAUCAUGUGUUUAUUUCUACAUUACAAUUAUUACUAAUUAUUUUGUAAUUUUCUGAUUAUUAUUCCCUGCUUUAAACUCUUUGUUAUUACAUGAUGAUAUAUUGUGAAACCCUUCUCAUGUUUAUUCUAGCUUUUUUUUAAUGUGUAAUAUUUUAGGACAAAAGGUCAUGAUAUAUACAUAUAAAAGUAUAUUCACAUGAUGAAGUGUACUUUUUAUAUAUAUAUAGAUUGAUGAAGCUCUUUAGUUCUGGUUU